GUCGACGAAUCAACAUCAGGUUGUGAAGAAUCAACAACAUCUAGGGUGUGGCGAUUCGUCGUCGAGCAGCUCGAUGAAAAGACAGCUCCCGAAUAUGGGUGAUCGCCCUUCGCGACGGGAAGACCAGCGUAGUAGCAGCAGUAGUGGAAGGCAACGUCGCCCUAAUGCUGGAAGCCGCCGCCCUGGUAGUGCGGGUAAAGACCAGGAGUGCAAGAGAGGGCAAAGCUCACCCGUGGAGUGCUUAGUUGAAUCAAGAGGAUCUUCGUCUUUACAGUCACGAGAGAGAUCCGCCUCUAAGCUCUCUUUGACGAGGCGGACGUUCAGCGAGCCUUCGCUUGUUAGUGUGUCGGGUAUAGAGUUCUUGCAACUGGGCAAAAGCGACCCGUUUGCUGAGGACGAGCAGCCUUUUGUUACGCACCCCGGAGGUGCGAAACAAGCGCUGCUGAGUGAAGGCUACCGACGGGGGAGAUCGACAACAGAAUAUACUGGCGCUUUGUUGCAAGCGAUCGAUCCUGCGAUUUUCGCAUCUAAAAACAGAUCCCACAAUUUGACAUCUGAAGAGGAGAAAUGUCUCCUCAGCGCGAAAAUACUGAGAGACGACUUUGAUCCGGGAGCACCGCAGCAGUCCUCGCGUGCCAACGACACGCAGCUGACGCGCCAGUCGAAUGCUAGUUGUGGCGGCGUAAGUCCUGUUGAGGGCGGACCACUCAGGGCAGGUGAAGAAGUGGGGAAGCGCAUACUGAAGCUCCAAGAAGAUGCUAGGAGUGAUUCGAGCACGACUUCUGCGCCACCUCUGGUAGUAGCUAGUGCCGGUGAAAAUUCUCAACCUAGGAAACCCGCCCUGAACUGCCACGACUUUGCAACUGCGGGCUGCACGUCGCGCAAUCAAGAAAACGCGGAAUCUUCGUCAACAUCGUAUGUUAUCUCAUGUAAUUCAUGUCCACCUUCAAGAGGCUCGCUCAGUUUUCAGUGCUGGAGCAAUGAAAAUGGACACGAAGCCACCUUUUCCGAACAACGUGCUACACCCGCACUUGGCAUGACGUAUGCGAGCGGUUCACCUACAACGAGUCCUGAGAGGGGAGACGCUAUAUCAAUGGCGUUUCUAAGCGCCAAAGCGGCUUCUAGUGAUCGUGCUACCGGGUAUUCUGCAGCGACAAGCACGAUGAAGACCGAUGACUUCAGCGAUCACCAUCCGGCUUCGCGGUUCGAUCGGCCGCGUAAGAACAGUUUCGCUCUUGAUUGGCCGACACCUAGUAGCAACAUCGUAAACGAGGCAGUUCUCCUUCUCCCAAGUGUAGAUGCAAGAAGUUUGGAGAUAUCUCUCGAAGCCUUCGAGAGGGCUGUUCUGCGUUUCUGGGAGUUGUUCUUAAGGCUUCCUUUUCAUGUUCUGGUUCUCUCAUCAUCCGGAAUAUUAGGAUAUCCAUCAUUUUUAUCCGUCCACCUCCACCUGAACUACAGGGGAGGGAGCAAGCCCUUCCUUGCUACUUCAAAUGGGGACCAUGGGGAACAAGUUUGUUAAGGGAUUUUAAUCAAUGUUGCAGCGGGGUACCUACUUUCUUGCAUCGUAGUAGUGACAAUAACGUAAGUACGUCUAACACUCGUUGUGAAAACAAAUGCGCCAGCAACUGCUCUGGAAAAAAAGGAGAGUAUGAAGAAUAACCCCACCGGAGCAGCACGCGAUCUGGUUUCCAACUUCGUCGGCUCUUCGGGUGUUGUGCUGCGAUCUCCAGAAUCCGAUGUACGCAGUGACCAACCUGGUUAAGGCUUCAGAAAGUCGAAACUCCACCUUGCUUGAACAAGAAAGUCUUGGAAAUACAAGGAAGGGGACCAAGGGGGGGCGCCAGGAUCUUGCAUACACAGAGAGGAUUUUUGCUAAGUAAUAGUUCUAACGUACGGGCAUGUUGAUGCGUUCGUUGUCCAAAGAUCGGGGUAACGAAAAGGAGCUGAUGAAUGUUGUGGCCCAGAAGUCCUGUAACCCCUCUCCCAGUACGAGAGGCGAUUAUUUGUCUGCUGGGCAAGCAGAAAAUAAGUGUAGUUGGUUCAAUGACUGA